AUGCUGUCGCAGUCGUCGGGGGUGCCGCACUGGGAGGCCGAGGACGCGGGCGCGCGGGACGCGGCAGCGGCGGGGAUGGCGGGCGGAAGCAUGGCGGCGAGCGCGCCGAUGCUCGCGCCCCUGUACCCGUCAAUAUCGAUGGACGCGCAAGCGGUCGAGCUCGCGUCGUACAUUCUCUUCCCGCCGCCGCCCAGCCACGGCUCGCCCUCCCUCCGAUCCCUCAACGCCCGUGCCCUGCCCCCCCCUUCCCCCCGCUAUCAUCCUUCUGCACUUCCCUUUCCUCCUCGUGCCCCCGCGCGUACCGAACGUCCUUCCUCCGCAGCUUCCCUUGCGCCAAUGUUUCUCCCCUCUUUCCCGUCGCCCUCCGCGCGCUCCCCCUCUUUCCCCACGCCCACCCCUCCCCUCCCCUCCCCUCCCGCUUUUUCCCCAGGUUCCGCCGGAGGGCCCUCCGCGCCCACUAGCUCAUCCGCGGCGGCGCACCUGGCGCGCCAGGCGGAGGCGGAAGAACCUCUGCUAUUCGCGGAACGGAUUUCCGCGCAGGCACGGGGCGGGUUGGCGGGGGAAGCGACGGGGGGAAUCGACGGGCACGUGGGGAGGGAAGGGGCGGAAGGGGGAGCUGAAGGGGUGGGCGCGGGGAGGGCAGAAGGAGCAAUGGUAGGGGAAGGGGAAACGGGGGAUAAAGGAAACGCAGCAGAAGGAGACGGAAUAGUAGGAGGAGGAGGAGGAGGAGGAGGAGGAGGAGGAGGAGGAGGAGGAGGAGGAGGAGGAGGAGGAGGAGGAGGAGGAGGAGGAGGAGGAGGGGAGGAGGGAGGAGAGGGGAAGAGUGAGAGGUGUACCAGCAGUAUCAAGUCAUUGCAGCUUCUCUCCUCCUGGUCUUCGUCCCCCCCACUGCCCCCCCAUCCACCUCUGCACCGCACCCCCUCCCUCCACCGCAGUUCUCCCCUUCACCGGGAAUUAUCCCUCCACCGCAAUUCGCCCCUGCACAGGGAGCUAUCCCUGCACCGCUCUUCACCGCUUCACCGCGAGUUAUCACUCCAGCGCGGUUCACCCCUCCUCCGUGAGUUAUCCCUGCACCGGGAUUCCCCUCUGCACCGUGAGUUAUCCCUGCACCGGGAUUCCCCUCUGCACCGUGAGUUAUCCCUGCACCGGGAUUCCCCUCUGCACCGUGAGUUAUCCCUGCACCGGGAUUCCCCUCUGCACCGUGAGUUAUCCCUGCACCGGGAUUCCUCCUUGCAUCAGGAGCUCUCUCUUGCGCACCACAAGCCCUCCCUGCAGCGCCACCAGCCUGUGACAGCGCUGCUGCAGCAGCAAGACGGCGGUUCUCCCUCUGCUCCUUCUGCUGCUCUUGCUGCUGGCACAGCUGCCACUGCUGCUGCUGGUGCUGCUGAUGCAGGAGAAGCGGAGCAGAAGGGGCAGGGGGGGCAGCAGGCUUUUGCCGAGCCGCUCGUAACAAAAGGGGAGGCUUCUGCUGUGGGGGAGGGGGAAGGCGGACGUGCAAGCAUGGCAGGGGCGCAGGUGCAAGGGGGUGUGGCGCGCGGGGAAGGGGGAAAGGGAGGGAGCAGCGGGGAGGAGGGCAGAGAAACGGGAGAGGGCGGAGAGAGAGCGGGAGGAGGGGAAGGGGAGGGGGAGGGGGAUUUGAGGUCUCUAGAUCUGCAUUUUGUGCCCUCUGCUCCCCGCUCUAUCUUCCGCUUUGACUCUUACGAAUUCAGUUUUUUCGGGCCUACUGAUUCUGCAGGCUCGGGGGCCACUGUUGCCGGACCUGGCAGUCUGCUUCGGGGGCUCAGUGGUUUGGGACGGCAGCUGUCUAUUAGCUGUGCGGAGCGGUUGCCGGAAAAGGUGGGGGGAAGGGGCGCACUGGGGGGAGGGGCGGAUUUGGGGGAAGAAUGGGAAGUAGGGGAAGGCGCUAUUGCAGGGGGAAAGGGAUCGGGGGAGCAUGGGGAGGAGCAGGGGAAGGGAGGGCGAGAGGGAGGGAUAGAAGGCGGAUGGGGGAGGGGGAAGGACGGGAAUGGGGCGGAAGGGGGAGAGCUUGGUGGUGUUGAAAUGGGCGGCAGUGGCAUGGGGAUGGGCGGCAGUGGUGCUGCCUUGGCGCGCACAGGUGUUGGUGUGGGCGGCAGUGGGACUAUAGGUGCGACGUGGCGGCGAAUCAUGGGGAAUACGAGCAAGGAAGGUGGGCUGUAUGAUGGUGGCAAGGCUGGUGCUGUGGGUGUGAGCACAGGCGCAGGCACAGGCAUGGGCAUGGGCGUGGGCAUGGGCAUGGGUAUAGGCAUGGGCAUGCAUGGGGAAAUGGGGGAGGGGAUAGUUCGUACUGACAGUUCAUGUCUUGAUGCUGUUGUGAACCCCCUCAGGCGUGUUGCGUUCGAACCCCCUGCUGCUGCUGCUGCUGCUGCUGCUGCUCGUGCUGAUUCUGCUGCCACCGCUCCUUCAGCUGUCCCUGCUACAGCUGCCCCUGCUACAGCUGCCACUGCUACAGCUGCUGAUCCUGGUCAAGACACCAGCAUGACCACAGCAGCGGCAGCAGCACCAGCAGCAGUCAACGCCUCACCUCCUCCUGCUCCUCCUGCUCCUGCUUCUGCUCCUGCUCCUUGUGCUGCUGCCACCAGCACGGCUGCUGCCACCAGCAUGGCUGCUGCCACCAGCAGGGCUGCUGCCACCAGCAGGGCUGCUGCCAGCAGCAGGGCUGCUGCCAGCAGCAGGGCUGCUGCCAGCAGCAGGGCUGCUGCCAGCAGCAGGGCAGCCGAUCCCCCAUUCACCUUCACCACCAAGCAAAGCCGCAGCCCCACUCCCCCUCCCGCCUCCCUCCUGCCCUCCCUCCCCCUCUCCCUCCGCAUGCGCCCCCCCAGGCUCAUCCUCCCCCCCGACCACUCCCCCAUGCACUCCCCCUUGCACCCCAGCCCGCCCCUCUCCCCCGUGCCUCUCCGCCCCUCCCUCUCACCAGCUCCCCCCCGCCCCUCCCUCUCCCCCGCCCCUCGCCACCCCUCCCCCUCUGUCUCCGCGUCUCUCUCCCCCACGUCCUCCACCCCAUGUAACACACUCCCUCUCACGUCUGUUACCAGGCCUCUCCCACCCGCUGCCCUUGCCCUGCAAGAUACGCAAGCCUCUCACGCCCAUCCAUCCCACACUCAUACCACCCACGCCCAUGCCCCCCAUGUGCACCCAUCGAAGCACGGCGGGUUGGCAGAUGGAGAAAGCGGGAGGGUGGGAGGGGCUGGUAGGAGCCUGUGGGGAGGGAUGGAUGUGGGAAACGGCUUGCCUGCUGCUGCGGCAGCUGGUACCACUGUUUCCCCUGUUGCCGCUGGUGGUGCUGGUACACCCAUGCGAUUUCCUCAGUCUCGAUCCGUUGGCUCAGAAAGCGGGUUGGCAGGCGGAGAAAGCGGGAGGUUGGGGAUGACUGGGGCCAUGGUAGGGAUGGGUAACGAGGUGUGGGGAGGGGUGCACGAGGCAACAGCAGCUGUUGGAGAAGCAGCAGCAGCAGCAGCAGUAGCAGGAGCACCAGGAGCAGCUGCAGGUGGUGGUGGUGGUGGUGGUGGUGGUGGUGGUGGUGGUAGUCGAAAUGUGGUAAAAGGGAGGGCUGGCGCAGGGAGAGGAGGAGGGGGCUGGUCCGGGUCAGGUUUGGAUGAGGAUGGGGAGGACAGCACGGGCGACUCAGAGCGAGGGGAGGGGGAGGAGGAGGAGGGUGGGGAGGACCUGGGGCUGAGAGGGGUGGGACGGCCAGGUCCCAGGAGGAAGAGUGGUGCAGUCACCAAGCCGUGUGCUGCUGCGCGGGUAAGUGCAGGGGGGGGCUGUAGGGCGCGGGUGAGGGGAAGAAGCGGAGGGACCGCAUAUCGCGGCACAUCCGCACUUUACAAGGGCUGGUGCCCUCGUCCACCAAGGACAGACGCCGCCACUGUGCUGGCUCAGACCAUCCGCUACCUGCGUGGCCUUGAAAGCCAAGUCGCGGAGCUCAAGGCCAAAGUGGGCGCAUUGGGGGGCAGCAGCUCCCAGGCAGAGUAUUAG